AUGUCUAAAGCACCUGCAACGUUUCUCUUUGGCAAAGCAGGUUCCUUCAUACGAACCAAAAUAUUAAAACUCUCUGAAAAUCGACAACAAAUUGUUCAUUACUUUUCUCCCUCAUGGAUUCCCGCCAAUAAUUUAAAAUUGAUUAGUAGUGAUGAUCGGAUAGAAGAAAUUUCAAUAUUAAAUAAUAUUAGUACUAAUAUUGUUGUUGAUCAUGAAAAGAAUGAUGGAAAUAAUGGAAAGAAGGAGUAUACAAUCUUUUUUCCUGGGGAUAUUCAAUUGAGAUUGAAUGAUUUUAUGAAAUAUUUGCAGGUGGAUUAUCCAUUCGAGUCAAGCUUUGAUGAUGAUGAAAAUGGAAGAGUGAUGGAGGUUUAUUAUGAACAUGUAUUAGAUAUAUUGUAUAGAAAGUAUCCAGAAACGAGUGGAUUAGUGAUUAUUCAACCAAAUACUUUGGAUUUAUCGAGUUUUAUUUAUGAAUAUGAGAAUUUCUAUGUGAAGGGAAAUGCAAAUGCUGUUCUAUUCGAGAUUUUGGAUAAUUUAUUUCCGAAUGAAGGAUUUGGCAGAAAUGUUGGGGAAAAUCAGCAACAUGUUCAACUGAAUUUAGUUGCCUUUUCGAAAGGAUGUGUUGCUUUGAAUAGUAUUUUAAGUGAAACUGCAAAUUGUGCCAAUUGCUUGGCAAAGAAUGUAAAUCAUUUAAAUGAAUCUGAAGAUUAUUUACAUUGGGAUGAAAAGCCAAAUAAGUUAGUACUUCCAUGUUACAAAAUUACAUUGAAAAAGGAGGGACAACGUAAUUUGAAUCGAGAGGAGAUGGAAAGAUGUGUCGGAUUAUUGAAAUAUAAUGUAAAAUCCAUUAAUUUUGUGGAUUGUCAUCGAUUUAUUACUAGUGAGAAAUUACUGACGAGUAUUUGUAAAUUAUUAGACGAAAGAAUUCAUGAAGAUGCAUUCAAAUUCAAAAUACAUCAAACUCCUUUAAUUAAUGAAGAUAAUCAAUUCAGAAAACACAUCAAAUAUGAAUCUGAUCUAUUUAUCAAAACAUUGAAGAAGAUUUAUUCGAGUGGUGAAAAGAAUUCACCAUGCCCAUUCCUAUCAUAUCAAUACUAUUAUGAUGAGUUGGAGGGAAAGGUUGAUAGUUUCCUACUUCACUUUAAGGUUCUGACAGAUUUUGAGCAAUAA